UUCCCCAGGCGCGUUGCAAACACAAACGGUACUUCACUCUUAUUUAAUGAUGAAUUUAAACAACUACGAUUGUUCCUCGCAACUUCAAAUAUCAUUUCGAAAGGGGAGGAAAUAAAGUGGCAAAUGCCACAGGAGGUGAUUAAGUCAUAACUGUGCUGUGUUGGAAUAAAAUCUCAGCAAUGUCGCUUCUGUGCGUGCGAGUGAAAAAGGCCAAACUACAAGGACCUCCAGAAAAGUUUAAUGUGUACGUCACUCUGAAGGUCCAGAAUGUUAAAAGCACAACAAUCACGGUGCGAGGAGACCAGCCCUGCUGGGAACAGGAUUUCAUGUUUGAGAUUAAUCGUCUGGACCUUGGUCUGGUUGUGGAGGUGUGGAGUAAAGGACUCAUCUGGGACACCUUGAUAGGAACAGCAUGGAUCCCACUUAACACUAUCCGCCAAUCUGAUGAGGAGGGGCCUGGAGAAUGGACCUCACUGGACUCUGAGGUUCUGAUGAAAGAAGAUGAGAUAUAUGGCACUAAAAACCCCACUCCUCACCAAGUGCUGCUGGACACACGCUUUGAGCUCCCUUUUGAUAUACCCGACGACGAGGCCCAGUACUGGACUAAAAAGCUGGAGCGCAUCAACUCUAUGAGGAUACAUGAUGAGUAUUCACUGCAAGAUGAAGCACAGAGAAGACAGCUGCCCCCAGUACCCUCCCAGUGCUGCAAUUGGACAUACUUUGGGUGGAAUGAUCAGCAGACUUUCGAUGACCAUGACAGCGCUGUGGAUGACAAGGACAGUGAUUAUCGCAGUGAGACAAACAGCAGGCCUCCACGAUACCACACCACAGCUCAACCUAAUUCCUCGGUACAUCAGUACCCCAUUGGUCGAAGAUUACAGCAUGAGGCAUUGUCAAAAGAGUCUAGGACGGACUCUAUACAGAGCUAUGACUUGGAUUAUAGAGAAGGAAGGGAACAGAGCCCGGUGGACAGCUCUCGAUUUGGGUCUUCUGGUAACCUUAGCCAAGCCAGUUCCCAGUUCAGCUCUGAGCCAGAAGAACGCAGCUAUUCAGCUGUUGUUGUUGCAGCUGUUGUUGCUCUACCUCUUCCAGCAUCAGAUGACACAGAAAAAGGGGAAAGAGAAAUACUAGCAAAUGUGGAGAAAGAAGUACAAGGGGAGAGUACACCCAAGCCUGUUGCUAAUCAAGGGAGAAAGCCAGAGAGGCAGCACAGUUUCUAUGAGGAUGGCCCACCUCCUUUCUCUCCUUCCCGUCUGCGCUGGUUGAAGGCCAUCAAUAAAGUAAGAGUGAAGCUGCAUGAGGCACAGAAGAAGCGAGGGGAAGCGAUGUUCUCCCGCAACCGCUGCAAUGGACAGGAUGGCACGGGCGUCCCUCAGUAUCCCCGACCCAAAAAGAAAACUGCAGUGCCAAAGAGAAGGCAGCCUAAUCCCAGAGUUGCUCUGGUGUUGCGUGGGAAAAUUCAUCGUUUCUUGCAGGGAUCUGCAGAUCAUACUGUCCAGCCUUGUGGUCUUUACAAUGCUGGUAUUGAAGAACAGGAUGAAGAGGGUGAAGAGGAUGUUGAAAAGUUGCAGAACUAUUACAGGAGAGAAUUAGCUUCAGCAGAGGUCUGCUGCUUGCCUCAGGUGCCAAAUGGACAUGGGCUGGGAGAAGUUUCUGAGGCACCUUGCGUCGGUGAAGUGGAACUAAAUCGAGAAGGAGGCAUCAGGAUUCCUUGCACUUUGCAGCACAACAGUAAUUUGACAGUGGUUCAAAACCAAAUAUCGCAAGAUCUAAAUGGGACUGAGUGUUCAACUGGUAAAGCACUUGAUGGUGAGCCUAAAAGACAGACAGACACUCUGCUGUGCAGGUUUAAUAUGUUGGUGCAGGAUGAAGUUGUGGAGGGGAAUAAUGAGGACUAUCAAGAGGAAGAAUCAAGUGCUAUCGUUGAGCACAUACUGAAGGAAUUGCGAGGGAUCAACAAAAUUCAAGAGGAGAUUUCAGACUUGAGGGAGUACUUGUCAUCUGUUCGUGGUUCUGUUGAGGAGGUCUCUAGCUGUGUAGAUGCCGUUUUAUUGGAAAUUGAAUGCAUGCGGUCUGGAAACAAAUCUGGUGUGGAGACUUGGCCAGGAGCAAUGGGGGGCACUGAAGGUCCCUCCCACCAUCACAAAUUAAGUAAUGCUGCUAGUAUAGGUUGCUUUAAGCCUUAUGCUGAUGAAUCCUCAAGUAGCUGUGGUGAUAUACUCUCGGAAUAUCAAGUUCUUGAUGGGAAACACAAAGAUGUGCCAAGACAGUCCGCUUUCACUAGUGCUGAGACUUCAAACCACAAUGAACACCAUCCAUUUACACAAGAAACAUCGGAUCGAAGGUCAGAUGUAUCUCAAGGUGCAGGGAGAAGGAAGCUCAGCUUUGGUUACCUUGAGCGCCAGGAUGGACAGGACUGUCCAAGCACCAGUUCUCUGUCCUCGGGUCAGAGUUCCAAGUCUGAGUCUGAUCCAGAAAGACCCACCUCUGGACAGGGCAAUACAGGGUGUGAAUGUCAGACCUGGAACCCAGUGGCUUUAAAAUGCAGUGGGAGUGGAGAGAUCGGAUGGAGCGAAGAUGAUUCUUGCUCCAGACAAGGCAGUUUUGAAGAGGCAGAGUGCUGCACAGGUGAAGUAAACCGUUGGGACCCAUCAAGAGCUGCAAGUACUUGUACAAUGGGCACCUCAGAUCAAAUAUCCAUAGUAACUGGUAAACACUACAACUCUCCUGCUAGUACAUGCAGUAGAGAGGAUUGGAAGCAGUAUGAUGCAGAAAUGCUCCAUGAAGAACCUGGUUUGGGCUGCCAUAAUUGCAAAGGAGAUGGUGAAUGUCCUCAGAGCUCUCUGUAUCAGAAUGACAUUUAUCAUGUAUCUUCUUGUGAAAAUUGCCUUAUAAAGCUUCCAUUUAAAGGUGAGUCAAUAGAAAGUGUGAUUGCUGAGCCAUCCAGGAGCCUUCUAUAUGAAGGUACAUCACUAUAUAAUCAAAAUGUCCCUGGUUGGAAGCCUGACUCUGCUGAUGACAGUAAUGUUGCCUUAAAUGUAAAAAAGUUUGGUCGAGCAGUUCUUGACUUUAAAACUGCCUUGCGGGGAGCUCUGAAGAAGAUGGAUGGAACUAGUGCUACUUUGCCUGGAGAAAAGGUUGAAGUCCAUCCACCGAUCUCUCUGUGUGGGAAGCAACAAGGAAUGAUGAUGACUGGGACACCAAAUUUAGAGAUGGCUCAGAUAGAGAUGGAGACUCCACAAACAGAAACAAAUUAUUCUGAGAGGCCUCAAGCCAUCAGUACUGAGAAAGGCUUCGCAGAGAUACCUCAAUGCAUCUCCACCAAAGCAAAACCUGAAUCACCUCCUCACCAGCAUAAUAGUGAAGAUUCAGAACAUCCAAAUUCUCCAGGGUUGGACUCAUCCAACAGUAAUGCGUCAGAUGCUACAUCUGGACAUCCAACCAGUGCUCAUUUAACACAGAGUUUCUCUACAGACAUUAUCCCAGACUCUUUUUCCCCUGAGGAACUAGUUGAAGAGGAGCAGAGAACACUAACGGGGGAAACGAAGCCUCCCACUGAGUCCUCCACAGAAGGAGGUAGCGAAGCAGAGCUUAGUCAGCGGGAUGCACGGCGUCUGAAGUGCCUCAGGAGUUUCCAGCAGAUUCUGAGGGAGAAGAGAGAGUCCAGAAGACAACUCAGUAUAGUGACCAUGUCAACAUUUUCUGAAGAUGAUUUGAACCCAGAUGGAAGCCAGGAUGAAGAUCAGAAUAUCAAUGGAGACCAUAACAAACAUCCAUGGGCCAAACCUGGGGGAGGAGGAAUAUUUGGCAUUGAUAGCAUGCCUGACCUUAGGAAGAGGAAGCCUAUUCCUUUGGUUAGCGAAGUGUCUCUGGUACAGUCCAGGAAAGCAGGGAUCUCGCACACAUUAGCUGCACGCUCUUCACUCAAGGAUGAAGAACUGAAGAAUCACGUGUACAAGAAGACCCUCCAGGCUCUGAUUUACCCCAUUUCUUGCACGACACCCCAUAACUUUGAAGUGUGGACAGCCACCACGCCCACCUACUGCUAUGAGUGUGAGGGUUUGUUGUGGGGUAUCGCACGGCAGGGCAUGCGCUGCUCAGAGUGCGGAGUCAAAUGCCAUGAAAAAUGCCAGGAGCUUCUUAACGCAGACUGUUUGCAGAGAGCUGCUGAGAAGAGCUCCAAAACGGGAGCAGAGGACAGAACCCAGCAUAUCAUAGCAGCCAUGAAGGACCGCAUGAAGAUCCGAGAGAGGAACAAGCCUGAAAUCUUUGAGAUGAUAAGGCUUGUGUUCAAUAUGAAUAAACUAAUCCAUGCUCAGCAGAUGAAGGCCAUCAAACAGACUGUGCUUGAUGGAACAUCAAAGUGGUCUGCCAAAAUCUCCAUCACAGUGGUAAGCGCUCAGGGCCUGCAGGCUAAAGACAGAACUGGUUCCAGUGAUCCGUAUGUGACUGUUCAGGUUGGCAAGACUAAGAAGAGAACCAAAACUAUCUACGGUAACCUUAACCCUGUGUGGGAGGAGACGUUCAACUUUGAGUGCCACAAUUCAUCUGAUCGCAUUAAACUGCGCGUAUGGGAUGAAGAUGAUGAUAUAAAGUCUCGUGUGAAGCAGCGUCUGAAAAGGGAAUCCGAUGACUUUUUGGGUCAGAGCAUCAUCGAGGUCCGAACCCUCAGCGGAGAAAUGGACGUCUGGUAUAACCUUGAAAAACGCACAGAUAAGUCAGCAGUAUCAGGGGCCAUCAGACUGCAGAUAAGUGUGGAAAUUAAAGGGGAAGAGAAAGUGGCCCCUUAUCAUGUUCAGUACACCUGUCUGCAUGAGAAUUUCUUUCACUUUAUGACAGACGUUGAAGGGCAGGGUGUGGUGAAGUUGCCCACAGCUCGUGGAGAUGAUGCCUGGAAGAUCUACUUUGAUGAGAUUGCUCAAGAUAUUGUAGAUGAGUUUGCCAUGCGCUAUGGGAUAGAAUCCAUCUAUCAGGCCAUGACGCAUUUCGCAUGUCUGUCCUGUAAAUACAUGCUGUCUGGUGUCCCUGCGGUAAUGAGCACGCUCCUGGCCAACAUCAACGCAUUCUACGCUCACCCCACCUCAAUCACCAACGUCUCCGCCUGUGACCGCUUCACUGCCUCCAACUUUGGGAAAGAUCGGUUUGUUAGACUGCUGGAUCAGCUCCAUAACUCUCUCCGCAUUGACCUGUCAACAUAUAGAAAUAAUUUCCCAGCCAGCAGUAAACCACGUCUAGCAGAUCUCAAAUCCACAGUGGAUUUAUUGACUAGCAUUACGUUCUUCAGAUUGAAGGUUUUGGAACUGCAAUCUCCCCCGCGUGCGGCCCAUGUGGUUAGGGACUGUGUGAAAGCAUGCCUCAACUCCACAUAUGAGUACAUCUUUAACAACUGCCAAGAGCUGUACAACAGACAGUUUCAGCCGGCCGUGGAGCCUAAGCCAAAAGAAAAGAAAGAGGUAGAAGAGGGUGAAGAAGAGGAAGAUAAGAAGGAUGAGAAAGAGGAAGAAAUUGCUGCUGUAGAAGAACCAGGACCAAGCAUACAGAAUUUGGACUUCUGGCCCAAACUCAUCACCUUGAUAGUUUCCAUCAUAGAGGAGGACAGGAACUCCUACAGUCCGAUCAUAAAUCAGUUUCCUCAGGAGCUAAAUGUAGGGAAAGUCAGUGCUGAGGUCAUGUGGACACUCUUCGCACAGGACAUGAAGUAUGCACUAGAAGAGCACGAGAAACUGAGGUUGUGUAAAAGUGCAGACUACAUGAAUCUGCAUUUCAAAGUCAAAUGGCUCUACAACGAAUACGUCUGUGACCUGCCCACUUUCUCUGACGCUGUCCCAGAGUACCCAUCGUGGUUUCUGCCAUUUGUUCUCCAGUGGCUCGCUGAGAAUGAGGAAGUGUCGAUGGAGUUUAUGCAUGGAGCCCUGGAGAGGGAUAAAAGAGAGGGGUUCCAGCAGACAUCUGAGCAUGCUUUAUUUUCCUGUUCAGUCGUGGACAUCUUCACUCAGCUCAACCAAAGCUUUGAGAUCAUCAAGAAACUAGACUGUCCUGAUCCUGCAGUGGUCGCCCAGUACAACCGACGCUUUGCCAAGACUAUCACCAAAGUGCUCCUGCAGUAUUGUGCUAUUCUAACCAAGAGCUUCUCCUCCUAUUGUGAGAAAGAAAAGACGCCAUGUGUAUUGAUGAAUAACGUUCAACAGAUGCGUGUGAUGUUGGAGAAGAUGUUUGAAUCUAUGGGAGCCAAACAGCUCGACACAGAGGCUGCAGAUAUUCUCAAUGACCUGCAGGGGAAGCUUAAUUCUGUUCUGGAGAACCUGAGUGCCAUGUUUGUCAAGAGUUUCCAGGCUCGUAUAAACGUAUGUAUGUGUCAGAUGGCGGAGAUCCUGUACCAGAUUAAAGGGCCUCUGAAUCAGAACACUCGUAACACCGCGGAGGCUGAUGCAGACAACGCACUGCGGCCGCUUAUGGAGUUCCUUGACGCAAACCUCAGCAUCUUUGCAGACAUAUGUGACAAGACUGUGUUGAAGCGUGUGCUAAAGGACCUCUGGAAAAACGUUCUGAUCUGCAUGGAGAAAACGAUUGUGUUACCUCAGAGCAGCGACAGUAUAGGAGCUCAACUUCUUACUGCUGCUAAGGAACUGUCAAAACUAAAGGGAGGGGUGGAGCCAAAGAGCUUGUCGCCAAGGCAAUGCCUGAUCAUGGAGGUAGCACUGGACUCAAUCAAGCUGUUUUUCCAUGCUGGUGGGAACGGUUUAAAAAAAGUGUAUCUGGAGAAGAGUCCUGAGCUGUCAUCGCUGCGUUACGCUCUCUCCCUAUAUACUCAGACCACAGAUGCUCUUAUCAAGACAUUUGUGACAACACAACAUGCUCAGGUUCAAAAUGGAAUGGGCAUCAGGAUUACCCCCAAAGAGAAUGUUCGACCUGACCGAGGCUCUGGGGUUGAGCGGCCGAUAGGGGAGGCCGUAAUUCAGUUGGAUUUGUCGCCCCCAGCUGGAAACACUGAGCAGAAACUCGGCAUCAGAGUGAUUGCUGUAAAUGACAUGAAAUGGCAGACCUCGGGGAUGUUUCGUCCAUUUGUGGAGGUUAACCUGGUCGGCCCACAGCUUACAGAAAAGAAACGAAAAUUCACAACCAAAUCGAAAAACAACAGCUGGACUGCAAAGUACAAUGAGGCAUUUCAAUUUGUUUUUGGUAAAGGCGUGAGUCUGGACUGCUAUGAGAUUCAAAUAACGGUGAAGGAUUACUGUUUUGGUCGUGCGGACCGGGUGGUCGGGAUCGCAGUACUGCAGCUGCGUGACAUAGCAGACCGGAAAAGCUGCGUGUGCUGGUGCCCUUUGGGCCCGCGCAUCAACAUAGAUGAAACCGGGACCACUGCACUACGAAUCCUCUCUCAACGCUCAACUGAUGAGGUUGCCAAAGAGUUCGUCAAACUAAAAUCUGAGACCAGACCUGUUGAAGAGGGGAGGUGAAGAUGAAGCUGAAGGUUGACCUCUUAUAACGAUGAAAGUGGACUGAUUAAAACAGAGACUUUGAUCAUUUGAGACAGACGAAAGACUUCCUGACUGUAUCUGACAGACAAACAAGCCUUCACAAACCGAUCGCACAAGGACCUACACUGUUUAUUAAAUCAUAUGUUUAUUCAAAGCCUUGAGAGUCACUUAAUCGCUUGACUGGCUUUGCAUCACUCUUCAUGAUGGGCAACUACUCACAAGAUGAGUGCUUGCACUGAGAACAGCGUUCCCACGGUCAUGGAAAAUCUGGUAAUAUCAGAGAAUUUUCAAAGUGUGAUGUCAAAAAUGGUAGUCAUCACUAAAAUAUUUUGUCGGCUAGAAAUAUCUACAAUUUUAAUCAAACGACUGGAAAAAUCAUCGAUCAUGAAUCAUGAAAUGGAAAUUUCAUCACUUCUGAUGAAGUGUUUUUUGGCGUGAGGGCGGGACAACCUGUCACUCACAUGAGAUUGCAGCAAUAGUAAAUGACAACGAUCAAAUCAAUUCCCCGUGGACAAAAUCAAGUCCCGUCUUACAUUUGUUCUUGUUUGAGAAGUUGUUUCACUUGGAUAUACAUCAAAAUAGAGAUGAAAGACUAUUGUAGCUUCUGUUUCAUGCCGACUUUAAUGAAUGCUUCAGUUAUUUCAAGCACAUUGUAAUGAAAAUUUCAGUGAUGUUACAAAAAUUGUUCAUGUGCAAGAAGAUCAAAUCAGAAGAUCAAGUAUAAGAAGAUGCGAGAGUUUUGCCAAACCAUAAGUCUAUGGGCUCAUUCCAUACAGUUCUUUGUGGCCUUCUGAAUGGGAGGAGUCUUAUAAUGGGGGGAUUGGUCUAACAAGAUCUAUUUACGUUGGAUGUGUAUCCUUUGAUUGACAGGCACACAUAUGCACAUUUAGAUAGAUGCACAUUUUUCUUUAUUGGUCUGUUCACUAAUGUGAUCCUGAAAUAUUAUCUGUAAUACCUUCAAUACAUUCACUAUCUUUGUUUAACUUGAAAGAUGGUUCAGUUGUGGUCCGACCUCUCCAAAUACUCCAAAGAUGAUGGUUAUUUCCCUUAGUUUUUUUCACAGAUGUCUCAAAACAGAUAAAUACGCAAGUAAAAAAGACAAAUAUAGGCCAACCAGUAGUGCCAGCCAAUGAGAAGGAGAUGUACUGUAUGAAACUUUGUUUACCUUGUGCCAAGUUGUUUGUAUAAUCUCUUUUUUUUUGAGGUGUAAUUGAGUUGUUUUGUUUGUAAUAUUUGCACUACCAAGCAUCUGUAAAAUAGACUACCACAUGUGCAUGUAUUUAUUGUAAAUUCUAGCUUUUGGUCAUAUGUUUUAUGUUUUGUCAAUAUGUGGAAAGCUAUUUAUGUAUUUUAAAUGAUGGAGGAGAUCACAGAUUGAAUCGAUAUUCUGAAUUUGUUUAUAAAUUAUUUAUGAAUUAA